CCAACUGAAAAACAAUUAAAGAAAAUAAUAUAUAUAUUGUAUAAUACAAAUAUAACAAAGUUAUAUCUUAUAAUCAUAAUAAAACCACAGAGGUAAAUUGAUUCCCUGCAGUGGAAUGAAAUAAAUGAAACUAAAUUCUCUGUAAAAUAAAAAAAAGUUGCUGCUUCACUUUCUCACUGCUCAGUCUUUAUGUGUAGUUCUCUCUGCGACCAGGCGUUGGCGCUGUUUUCACAGUUGGUGAACUACCUCUAUUUGGUGAAGGACUAUGUUGUAAAAAUCUUUUAAACUGUUAAUUUUCAGUGACUCCGAGCUUCCCCUGGAGGCCUGCUCGGUGAGUUUCGGGACCGUGGGACCGACCCUCCUUGAGGACGGUGGCCGGCCCGGGUGUGACCGUGUCGGACAGCUGUUCAGCGGUUUUCCGAUCUCUUGACUGGAGGUUUUACUGCAAACCAAGUUAGCUCAACAGCUAAUCCUAAAAGUCACGUCACCUGUGCGGACUCCAAUUAAAAGUUUCGCCGUAGCGCCGGGACAGCCGGGUGAGUUUUAACUGUGUGCAGUUACAAAACUUUGUGUCGAGUGUUUUUUCGCGGGUUUCGUAUUUUAACUCGCUUUCACGCAGUCAUUAAAUUUGGGGAGAGACAGCAGCGAGUGUCGCGCAGCUGCGGAUCUUAAAUGUCGGUCAGACUCUCAGUCACAGUCGGAUAAGGUCUUUUUUCGGAGGGAAAUGCGGUAGAGAGCGGACAGCUUCGGUGUUCAGCCCGCUGACUAGGCGACUCUGGGUUUGCUGGUCGUGAGGCCUGCGGGUCGGGCUUCCACCGGGCUUGAGUAGAGCCCUACGCCGCCGUCAGAGGGUCGGAGGCCGGCUGCUGACGCUGCCGCCUUCGGGCCUGCGAACCAAGGUAUGGAACGGAUGGAGGUGGACCAGUGCGCAGGCGCAGCUGGCGGGACAGGAGGCGGGGCUCUCCGCAGGUCGAACAGCGCCCCCAUGAUCACCAGUGUCAGUGAUGGGAUGACGGUCUUCAGUCCUGUGUCCUCGGCUCGAUACAGACGCAGCAGUGUGUCCAUCAACCCCAGCUGCCCUUCACAGCUCGUCCCUCUCUCUCCCUUCUCUCUGACCGGAGACAGACUGGACCAGAAGAGGCAGGAGGAGAACAUGGAGAUGACGCUCAGAGGAAGUCUGCAGAGACUCAGUGCUUCCAGUCUGAUCCCAGUUCCUCCAGUCAGUCAGUGGCACGACCACACAUCAGUGUGGUUUCAGUCGCAGGACAGCGGUGUCACGCCCAACUCCUCCCCCAGUCCCACCCGGAGGUUCAGACCAGCAGUCAGCGCCACUGUGAGGUGGCCGGCGUUAACUCCACUCAAGAGGAAAGGUGGGGUGGAGUCUGACGGACCCCCAAAGAAGCUUUUUGUUGCCGGGGUAACGGAUCCCGCCCACCGCAGCAGCUACACAGUCAGUGUCUCUCAGUCUACAGCUGACUCUCCACCAGCAGGAGGCGUCAGUCCUCAGUCCAGCCCUCUGUCCCUGUCUCCUCCCCCCUCCUUCACCCCCUUCAGCUCCCACCAGCACCCUGGACACUAAACCCCCCCCACACCCACCUCACCUCAGCCAGACUCCGGACCCUGUCACUGUGGGUGCAGACCGCCCACCAGCAUCUCCAGAGACCCAAAGACCUGGAGGAACUUCGACCCUCGUUGCACCUUAUUUCUGUUUGAAGCGUCACCGUCAGUCCCUUCACUUCCUGUGAGCAUGUGAUGGACAGAAGAACCACAGGAGACGAAGACGUUUCUUCCUGAUCUCUCAGCAGGUUUAGGUUUUGGAUACUUGGAUAUUUGUUUGCAUCAGCUAUUCCAUAUGGCCGGUCAGUCGCUCCUCAGUUAAUCCCAGUUCAGUCCAUGUUGCUCAGCCGGGCAGAAAGUCUCUUUAGGAGGACUGAGGGUCACAGCAUGAACCCAGUCCUCCUCCUCAAAUCAAACUUCAUCAGCGCCAUCACCACAAAAAACCGUCUGGGGAAACAUGGAGAGAAGCAGCGGACACACCGGUUUUGUCGCUGCGCACAUUCGCACAGACGAGCUAAAACAUAGUUGUUAUCGACGUCGACUGACGCAGCGAAGGAGGAUAAAAGAACAAAGCACAACCUCUUCGUUCAGCUCAGAGGAGACGGCCUCCUUCCUCUGAGAACCUGAGAUGGCACAAUCACGACGACCCUGAAGGAGCCUGAAAUGAUGCUCGGCUCAUUUUGCUGUUUUGUUGCGUGGAUGAAAUCUCGAGGAUUCGGAAGCUCGAUCAGUCGAUGCUUCUCAUGAAGCUCUGGAUCCUCUCUGAUCAGUUAUUCAGUUGUAAUCAAAGAAAGAAAGAAAUCUGAAUCGUCUCUCUGAGAAGUAAAAGCUUUUCAGGAACCUUCAGUGUUUUCACUCGUCCUGUUUCUAUCAGGAAGAUGUAAAAAUCAUCAGAUGUAUUUAGAGUUAUGAUUAACAUCUGGACUCUGGCAGCACUUCAUACAUCAUCACUUCUACCUUCAGACUCCAUCAUGGACUCUCUGUGUGAAACGUCUUCAACAAAAGACUAAACCUACAAAAACCUGAAGAACCAAUGAAACACUGUAAAAAAAAAUCUUUGUCCAAACCCAGAAACCAGUCAGUGACAUCACUGAGUGUUUGAGUCCAAACCAGAUGUUCUGAGUCCAACCUGAAAUUCAGCAGCUGAACAUAGUUUCAGUCAUUGAAGCCGAAGAUUUUUGUGUUUUAAUGAAAUGUUUCGUCGUCUGUCGCAGCGGAGUCGCCCGACUGAAGACUUGAGUUAGUUCAAGAGACUCAAAUCCCGGUCAGCAGUUGGCUAAAGUUCGGCCGGCGGUUCUGUCGCAGGAUGGGACCAGUUUGAUGAACUGGCUCCUGGUCAGCAGCAGAAAGAAGAACUGGUGUUCUGCGGCGCCACGUCUGUUUGUUAAUAGUGUAUCUAUAUGUGAAUAUGGAGCAGCUGAUUCCUGCUCACUUUUCUUCAGCCUGCAGGGUUUGAUUGUUCAUAUUGAACCUGCAGGAAGCAGCUGCGCUCUUCCCUCCUCUUCAGUUUCCUCUGAGCGACUUCAGUUUGUUCCGUCAAAUCAACCAGAGCGCUUCACUUGACGAAGGUCUUCUGAUUGGUUGAAGACAGCUCAGUAAAAACACAAGUCCCCACAAAACACGACUUAUGUGUUCUACUUGUUUGGACAAAGGUUUUCAGACCAGAACUGAUCUCAGAACCUGGUGUUAACAGCUCUGGACUCUUUUUUCCACUUCCCCUGAAUUUAAGAAUUCAUCAGUAACAGUCAGAGGUGACAUCAGGCUUCGUCCACACGAUUGUGUUUUUGUUUUAAAACGCAUCUCUUUCACUACGUUUUCGCCUCCAGAGUAAAACACACAAAACAAACGCUGCCGGACCCGUUUUAUUUUGAAACCUCGGGGGUUGUGUUUUAUUUUGAAACUCUGGGGUUGUGUUGUAGUCUGGACAGAAACUGAGACUUUUGUAAUCGAUGAGAUCACAGCCACGGUCUCUCCUGAUUGGCUGUCAUCAGCCUGGACUACCAGUGGUGAAUACAACAUGAUGAUGAAUGACAGUGUCACUGACCUUGUUGUCUUUGCAGCUGUUGUUCACUUACAUUCUCUGUUUUAAUGCUACAACUGUCUUUGUUGGAGACAAUCUACUUCCUGUUUUCACCGGCUCGCACAUGCUCAGUGUAGGAGCUCGUGUGUGUGUGUGUGUGUGUUCUCAGGUAUGUUAGUGUGGACGGAGAUCGUUUUCGUUUUAAGAUAAAAAAGCACAGUCAUGUGGGCGGAGCCUUAGCGCUGGGCAAUAAUUCAAUAUCAUUAAUUAACUACCAGUUUAAUUAUAUUGUGACUUUCUACAGACGUCUGUGGACUGUGAGGAUUCUGUAGCUGAAAUGCACAACAGUGAAACACGUCACUGUUCUGAACAUCAGUUUAUUUGAUGUGAUUUUGCACAUAUCUCCUGUUGUCAUGUUGUCAUGUUGUCAUAGUAACCAGAUCACUCGGCCCCUGGUGUUAAUGUUUUAAUGGCUUCAUUCCAAACUGAAGACGUGAUCAGGUUUGUGUCGGUUUGCACGGACGUCGUCCAUCCUUCACAAAUAUCACUGAAAUAAGCAACAAUUCACCGAUGUGGAUUUCUGACAAUAUUAAUGUACAGUUUUGUUUUGUUUUGUUUCUUUGAUGAAAUAAUUGUAAAGAUUCGAUACGAGUGCACGAACCGUGACUCCAUGAAGCGAAAGGUUUCAGACGAGCUGCGGUUCUGCUUCCAACGUUUGCACUUACACAGUAUUGUACAGUUUUGUACUCUCACUCAUCGUUGUGCCUAAACGCGUCGUCACGUUCAGGAGCGACAGUCGGGUUGUUUUUCUUUUCCUCACCAUCAGAUCUGAGAGACUUCACUUCCCACGCUGACAGGAAGUGCCCCAGUCUUUUCUUAUCACCUGACCUGUCACCUGUGAAAUAUGUUUGUACAUAGAGUCUGUAAUAAGCUGUUUUUAUUGAAGUGUCUUUAAACCCCCCCCCCCCCCCCCCCCCAAAAAAAAGCAAUGAAUUGAUGUGAAUCAGUGAGAGCGGGUCGCUGCUCGUUCCACUGAGUUCAUGUAAAAAAAUCUUUCCAAAUCUUUUCUAGUGACAGAUAUGACGUUGUAUUUUUAUUAUCAGGACUUUGCACAGUACUCGUUCUAUCACUCUGUGUCACGUGACUGGUCACAUGUCGCCAUGUGAGAGAUGCUCUUUAAGUUUUGCUGCUUUUUUUUUUUUUCAGUUUUUCCUGCUUUAUUUCCGACUUGUUACGUCUCUGAGGGUCUAACCUGUUUCUGAGAAACACCAGGUCAGUGCGGGUCGUUGGAGUCAGACUUCAUGCUCAGAUCAUUACAGGGCUGAAAAUAGAGCUUUAAAAUGUUCAGGAACUAUCUGACGAUUCUGGAGAUAAAGAAUAAUCCCAGUGUGUUUUAGGUCACUGGAUUAUUUUUACACUUUCAAGGUUAGAUUAAUAGUGUCGAUACUAAACUUUGUUUUGUAUCGACACCUUAUGAGAAAAGUAAGAAAUAAAUAGAAAUAAAAUAUGUGUGUGUGUGUAGUUUUGUCUCUAAAUGUAAAACUGGUGAGAUUCAGAUUUAAAGGAGGAAAUGAGUCACAUAAAUCAAUAAGAUUAUGAAGCUAAUUGAUCAGUAAAAUGUCAGUAAAUAUCGUUAUAUACCUACGUCAGUACAAAGCUUUGAUAUUUACUGUGAUAUUAAUUAAUGUUCAUAUGGGCUCCCUCUGGUCGACACGUAUCAACAUUAUCUUUGUUAACGCCCGGUGGUUUCCAGAGUUUGACCUGGUGAGAAGCAGGAUAGACUUUCCUCAGAGGUGACGACUUGCUGCCAAAUCCACAGACACAAACUGUAGCUUUAAGUUUGUUUGUAGUGAUUUAAACUUUGCACAGUGACUGACCAUCGCAGACUGAUGUGAGUCUGAACACAGAAGCUGUUUCAUGUAGCCGGAUCAGACAGUUUUCACUCUGCUGCUCGUACGAGUUUCUGCUUCUAUGAAUGUUUUUUAAGCCAAAAAUUCUUCAUCAAAAUGCAAAAGUUUCUAAGAAAAAUAUUCCAGCAUCUGUAAAGUUGGAAGAUCAGUGUUCAUGUGUGUCUCUGUCUUGCCUUGCUCACCUUCAUGUCUUUACUGGAUCAGUGAACAUCCAGGUAUUUUUCUUCUGUAUUUACAUUUAAAUACCAGAAGGAACCAGUUAGUAUUUGAUUGGGUCCUGAUUCAUACAGUUUAAUUAUGCUGUUUUAUAAAGUUUGACCAAAUAAUAAUCAGCUGCAGGUCCAAAUUAGAUCCAAUCAGAUGAUAAUAUCUGACAUAUAAAAUAUCAAACAUCUGUAUGAGUCAAUCACUGAACACUGGUUUUAAAAAUAAUGUAAAAAAAAAAACAAACAAGACUAUCAAUUUGGAACUGUAUGUUUUUUUUCUUCUGUUUUAUGAUAAAUGAGAUGAUUUUGUUCAGACUACUUCUCCGACAAAAGCUUUACCCCUGAAAUAUCAUAUUUCAUUAGUUUUAACAAACUUUAGCUUAAUGUUUUUAUAUUCAGGCAAAGAUGAAUCUUUUCUUUCCUCUAUGACGAGAAAAGUUUGUUUUCAUGAAAUAUUUGGUAACAAGAUAAAAUGAUAAGAAAUGUUUCUUUUGAAAACAGAAUAAUUUUGUACCAAGAAAAUUACAUGAACAUCUGGUUAUGAAAAGAAAAUGAUUUUACAAACAACAGAAAAGUUUUUCAUUGUAACAAGAAACUGAGCAAAUGUUUAAUGCGUUUACUUGAGAAAAAAAUUCAGUUUUUCUGAGAUAUUUAUCUCAUAUCAGAAAUAAUUAUUGAAUUAUUUAUCUCAUUCAGAAAACAGGAUUUUUUUUUAUAGAAAGGAUUUCUUCUAUCUAUCUAUCUCUAAUCUAAAAUUAUUGACUAGAAUUUUUUGUUCCUCAAGUGAAUGCAUUUCAUUUCUUUAACAACGUGUUGACGGAUGUUUUAUCUCGUUCUUGACAAACGUGGAUCAAAGUUGAAAAAUGUUGAAGCUUCUGUUGUCGAUGUGUUGACGUCCUCGUUUUACCUGAUCUUCAUCUGACGCCACUGAUUCUGUAAAAGGUCGUUGAGUCAAUGUUGACGUGAGUGUGUGAUGCUGCUCUCUUCCUGUUUUCCUGUGUGUCGUCACUCAGACCGACGUUAUGAGCGAGUAACCAGUCGAUGUUUGUUCAGUAUUAAAGCAACGUUUCACACUGGCAGGACGCAGUGAUUCCUCAGCACAAAGAAUCACCCAAUAAUCAAUAACCAUGAAAAUGGUGGCCAAAUAAUAUGAACUCAAGAUCCAUUUUGUUGAUACUUUCAAAAGAUUUGGACUUUUUAAACCCCACGCUAACAAAAUAUUACUUUAACUGUAUUUGAAGACCUGAAACAAUUAGUCAGGUAAUCAAUUCAUCAGUCAACAGAACAGUAAUUAUUGAUUAAUCAUUUUACUAAUUCAGCAAGAAAGUGACAAAAUGCUGUAAUUUUUAAGGAUUUCCUGCUUCUUUAUCAUUUAUCAUAAACUGAACGUCUCUGGUUUUGGACGCUGGCCGGACAAAUCGAGAGUCUGAUGACAUCACCAUCAACUCAACGUGAUCGGCUUCUUUUUCAAUAUUUUUGACAUUUAAUCAAGAAAAAGAGUUUAUUUAAUAAAUAAUGGAAACUACAACAAAACAACUGAAGCUCUAAAUUUCCCAGUCUGUCAAAACAGAAAGUCAACUGAGGAAUAAAAGAAUGGUUUCUUCCUAUUUCUAGUCUUUGUGCUAAGCUAACGGCUAAUUAAAAAAGUUUUUUGCGGUAAGGUGCUGAACAAUGACGGCGCUCUGCCAGAGUGAGACACAACUUUAAAAAGGGCUGCUAGUUUUAUUCACAAUGAUAAAGGGAACUAAAAGCACAUUCACACAAGUAUUUUCAACGUGUAAAUAGUUUUUCUUUCUAUUUCUUUUUCUUUUGGACAAAUUCUCUUCAUAAGAAAAAUGAGAUGAUGUAUUUUUAUGCAAGUGAAAAAUAAAAGUCUAUAUUCAAGUGUU